CCUCAGUACCUCAACCAACAUUCACUACUCAUGGAGAGAACUUGUUUGCUAUACUCCCUUUGUGUGGCAUUUUUUAUGUUACAAUCUUACAUCUCAACUCUAGCUUUUGCAAUUGUUCCCAACAUUACCACCGAUCAAUCAGCUCUUCUUGUCUUAAAGGCUCAAAUUUCUUAUGACCCUUACAAUGUUUUAGCAGACAACUGGUCCACUAGCAUCUCUGUUUGUAGUUGGAUCGGUAUCACUUGUGGUUUCCGCCAUCAUCGAGUCACAGCCUUAAACCUUUCUUAUAUGGGUCUCAUAGGCACCAUUCCUCCGCACAUGGGAAACCUUUCAUUUCUUAUUAGCCUAAACAUCGACAACAACAGUUUUCAUGGUUUUGUGCCCAAUGAGUUUACUGGUCUUCACCGGUUGCGACACUUAUCUUUUACAUUCAAUGACUUUAGUGGAGAAAUCCCAUCAUGGAUGGGGCUAUUAUCUAAACUACAAUUUUUUUCUCUAUCUGGUAACAAUUUCACGGGUGCUAUUCCACCAUCUCUUUCUAACAUGUCUGCAUUGGAAAUAAUGGAUAUUGGAUAUAACAAGCUUAUGGGCUCCAUACCUUUCUCUAUCUUUAAUAUAUCCACUUUGCAGGAAAUUUAUCUCACAGAAAACAUGCUUUCUGGCCCGAUGCCCUCCAUUAUUUCCAGCAUGCCAUCACUACAAGUCAUAGUUCUUUACUCUAAUACGUUGUCCGGUACACUCCCAGAAGAUAUGUUUAAUCAUCUUCCUAACUUACAAAUGCUUGAUGUAUCAUUUAAUCUGUUUUAUGGCCAACUCCCCCCCACUUUAUUCAAGUGCAGACAACUGCAAUAUUUAUCGUUGCAGGCUAAUAAUUUCACAGGUACUAUUCCACCUACUUUGUUCGAUUGCAAACAACUGCAAAUUUUAAUAUUAUCAGAUAAUAUAUUCAUAGGAAGUGUACCUUCAGAAAUUGGGAACUUAACCAAGCUCACGGAGUUAUACCUUGUCAGAAACAAUUUUGAAGGUACUAUCCCAUCCACUUUGUUUAAGUGUAAACAACUACAAAUUUUAUCGAUGUCAAUCAAUAGAUUCACAGGAAUAGUACCUCCAGAAAUUGGAAACUUAACCAUGCUCACGGUAUUAUUCCUUGGCCAAAACAACUUUGAAGGAAGAGUACCUUUGACAAUUGGGAACUUAAGCAUGCUUAGAGUGUUAUACCUUUCUAAUAGCAAUUUUGGAGGUGCAAUACCAAGUGAAAUUGGUAAUCUACAAAACCUUGAGAUAUUUGCUAUUGAUGACAACAAGUUUACUGGUCCAAUUCCAUUUGAGAUCUUUAAUAUCUCAACACUUCAACAAAUUUAUAUGUUUAACAAUAGCCUCUCAGGCCAUCUUCCAUCAAAUCUAGGCCUAUUUCUACCAAAUCUUCAGCAUCUUAUUCUUGAAGAUAACAAUCUGAGUGGAACAAUACCCAAUUCCAUCUCCAAUGCUUCACAACUCACUAAACUAGAUCUUGAUGACAAUUUAUUCUCGGGCAUGAUUCCUAAAUCACUUGGUAAUUUAAGGCUCCUCCAGGUGCUCAACCUAUACGGAAAUAAUUUGACUAUUGAAUCUUCUACUCCAGAAUUCAGCUUUUUAUCUUCAUUGCUAAAUUUGGCAUAUCUAAGACUUUUAGUUUUGUCAAAUAAUCCGCUGAAUGACAUCCUUCCUAGUUCCAUUGGAAAUCUCUCCACUUCUCUUGAAACACUUUACAUUGAUAAUUGCGAUAUCAAGGGAAGCAUUCCUAGAGACAUAGGCAAUUUAAGCAAAUUGAUGGCUUUGUCCCUAACUUUCAAUGAAUUAGCUGGACCUAUUCCAACUACAGUGAGAAGAUUGUACGAGCUUCAAAUUCUCCAUCUUGAUAAUAAUCAACUAGAAGGUUCCAUUCCAUCUGAUCUUUGUCAUUUAGACCACUUAUUUGAGUUGUAUUUAGGUCGUAAUGAGCUUUCUGGACCUAUUCCUACAUGUGUAAAUAAUUUGACUUCUUUGAGAUAUCUUUACCUAGACUCCAACCAGUUAACUUCUAUGAUUCCCUUGAACUUGUGGAGCCUUACAUAUAUUUUGGAGGUCAACAUUUCAUCAAAUUAUCUAAAUGGCCCAUUGUCGUUUGAGAUUGGAAAUCUAAAGGUCUUGAGAUUAUUAGAAUUAUCAAGAAAUCAACUAUCUGGUCAUAUCCCAACAACAAUAGCUGGCCUCAAAGAUAUAACUAAUCUCUCAUUGGCGAACAAUAGAUUAGAAGGUUCAAUUCCUAAAUCUUUUGGUGCAUUGGUAAGCUUGGAAUUCUUAGAUCUUUCUUGUAACAAUUUAUCCGGAGAGAUUCCCAAGUCUUUGGAAGCACUUUCACACCUCAGAUAUCUAAAUGUCUCUUUCAAUAGACUACAAGGAAAAAUUCCUGUAGGAGGACCAUUUGUAAACUUCUCUGCUGCAUCAUUUAUGUCAAAUGAUGGACUUUGUGGUGCUCUCCGAUUGCAAGUUUCUCCAUGUAAAGAAGGUGUUUCUCGACCAAAAAAGACCGCAAUUGCACAUAUACUAAAGUAUGCAUUACCAACAAUUGGGUUAACAAUACUUGUAGUUGCUCUUGUAUUAGUGUGGAUAAGAUGCCAAAAAAGGAAUAAGCAAAUUCCAGUAGAGGCAAACUCUUUACCACUAGCUACGUGGAGGAGAAUUUCCCAACAAGAACUUUUACAAGCAACAGAAGGGUUCAAUGCAAGCAACUUACUUGGUAAAGGGAGUUUUGGAUCGGUAUACCAAGGGACACUCUCAGAUGGAAUAAUUGUUGCAAUAAAAGUUUUCAACUUGGUAGUAGAAGGGGCGUUCAAGAGUUUUGAUAUAGAGUGUGAGGUACUGGGCAAUAUUCGUCAUCGAAAUCUUGUCAAAAUCAUCAGCACGUGUAGUAACAUGGACUUCAAAUCUUUUGUAUUGGAAUACAUGCCUAAUGGAAGCCUAGAGAAAUGGUUGUAUUCUCAAGACCGCUGUUUGAGUGUCUUACAAAGACUAAAUAUAAUGAUCGAUGUCGCGUCAGCACUAGAAUACCUUCAUCAUGGUUAUUCAACACCUAUUGUUCAUUGUGAUUUGAAGCCGAGCAAUGUCUUAUUAGAUGAAGAUAUGGUUGCACAUGUGGCUGAUUUUGGAAUUGCAAAACUGUUAGGUGAUGGAGAAUCUAUGAUGCGAACCAUAACUCUCGCUACUAUUGGAUAUAUGGCACCAGAGUAUGGACUGGAAGGAAUUGUUUCUACAAGAGGCGAUGUCUAUAGUUAUGGUAUUUUGAUGAUGGAAACUUUCACAAGAAAGAAACCUACCGAUGAUAUGUUUGUUGGAGAAAUGAGCUUGAAACGUUGGGUAGAGGAAUCUUCAUCCCUUUCAGUAACUAAAGUUGUUGAUGCCUAUUUGUUGAGAACCGAAAGAGACUAUGCUUCUAUGGAGAAUUGUAUAUCGUCCAUAAUGGGAUUGGCUUUGCAGUGUUGUGCUGAGUUACAUGAGCAGAGGAUUAAUGCAAAAAGUAUUUUAAUCACACUCAACAAGAUCAAACUGAAGUUUCUACAAGAUACUCAAGGAAAAAGUUAGUUAAAUGAGAACAUUAGGUUUGUUUAUAGCUCUUCAAUGUUUGUGCUUCUGAAAUAAUGUAACUCUCUUGAGACCUAUAACUUGUCUCUUAUAUAAGAACAAGAUAAGAGAUUUGUUUAUAGCCAUUGCUUUGUUAUGGUAGAUAAUAAUAACAUUUAUAUGUGGUAUAGCUAAUGAUUGUAGUGACCUA